AUGGAUGGAUUCUUAUCUACGUUGUGUUGUCCCAGCGCAGCCCAGGAAAAAGUAGUGCCUGCUCCAACCGAAAUUCAAGUACCGGAUCCACCAGAGUCACACUCGGUUGCCAAGAGAAAAAGGUUAACAAGGAAAAAGGUAAGAAAUGACAAGGAAAAGGUUGAAAAGGUGCUUUAUACGCAAAACAACGAGACAUUCCACAAUGUUUUCGCGGACAAACUGCUCAUGUUUAACAACCGUGGAGUAACUGAUAAAGCUUCCAGACCAGCUGAAAAUGAAUUCAUAUCAGCUUCCAUGCAACCAAGAUUACCGAAUUCCGAACGUCAUAUGCCAGGAAAAGUCGGCCCUUAG